AUGCUCCCCUUCGAAGACGGCCAAGUCGUCGCCGACUUCCUAGAAUGGCAUCUGGACAAUCCAGUAGACUACAAACUCAACAAAGGGCACCCGGUUAUCCAUCGCGGCAAUGACUUCAUCCCCCGAAAGAGAAAUGGGCCAGGAUAUACCAGGGGAUCGUGGAUUUUGGGAACGGCCUCCGACUUCAUGUUGUCGGACAUGACCCAAAACACAGAACUCUUCACGCAAGCCCAAGAUGCCAACGGCACCUAUCAUGCAACACACCACCUAGCAGAAAUGAUCGCACUGCUAGGACCACCCCCAGCAGAAUUCGUCUCCUAA